AGGUGCUGGUGGCAUGAAGGAUCAAGAUGCAGCGAAAAAAGAUCAAAGCAGAUGAUCAUGCCAACCUGAUGGGUGAAGACCAAAAUGCCAAAGGGCCUUAUUACGGGAGUCUGAGCCAGGAUCCUAUUGAAAUCUCGGAGCUGAGCAAACCAAGUCAAGUGACCCAUGUUCCUCAGAGCACUGCAAAUGUCUUCAGUGAUGGACGCACCAGGAUAGACUUCGUCCUGGUAUGGGAAGCAGACCCUCAGACUCAGGAGCAGGAGGGACAGAGUGAAGGAACCAGUGCUGAGAGCAAGGUACCCCGGUGGAGAAGAGCUGUCGAUGUCCGCAGGACUUGGCGGAAGAAGUUUCUGAACAAGCUCCAGGCUGCUGGAAUCUGUAUAGAAAAGCAUGCGGUCCAGGAUGAGAAGAAGGUGGUGCACUAUGUGCUGCUGAACGCUCCCUGGAGCGUGCUGUGUUAUUACGCAGAGGAUCUCCGGCUGAGGCUCCCCCUGCAGGCCCUGCCGAAUCAGUCUUCAAACUGGUCUGACAGAGUGGUGAAGAGGCUGGGUGUCCCCAGCCUGCUGAGUGAGGAGGUUCCAAACAUGCCCCUGGACUACUACACUUGUCACUUCAAGGUGAACAAGUUAACAUGGUUCCUAGGGAGCAAUGAGCAAGACACCUUCUUCAGCAGCACGCAGCGGCACAGGAUACUGUACGAGAUCCUGGCCACGACGCCAUAUGGCCACUUGAAGCAGGGGGAGGUUGGGGUGGAUCGGCUGCUGAGCGAGGAUGUCUUUGCAGCUGCAUUCCCCCUGCAUGAGGGUCCCUUUGCGGUACCUGCUGACAGGCUGGCCCCUGAGAACCUGACCGAGCGCCAGGUCCUCUUCCAGUACUGGGCAAGGUGGCGGAAAUGGAACAGAUACCAGCCACUGCAUCACAUCCGCAGGUACUUUGGAGAGAAGAUCGCACUCUACUUUGCCUGGCUGGGUUUCUACACUGGUUGGCUCUUGCCUGCUGCAGUUGUGGGGUCACUGGUUUUCAUCGCAGGCAUAUUUCUGAUGCUGAGUGACAUACCUGCGCAGGAGAUCUGUGACAGUGAGGAUCAGUACCAGAUGUGCCCGCUGUGCAAGGAGUGCCCACACUGGCAGCUCUCCAGCAUCUGCAGUAUGUUCAAGGCAGGUCGCCUCUUCGACCACGGUGGGACCAUCUUCUUCAGCAUUUUCAUGUCCCUGUGGGCGGUGACAUUCCUGGAGUACUGGAAGCGGAUGAACGCCACCCUGGCACACCGGUGGGACUGUUCCGACUUCGAGGACAUUGAGGAGCGGCCGCGACCCCAGUUCACUGCCAUGGCUCCCAUGACAAUGGAGAACCCAAUUACUGGAGCAGAGGAGCCAUAUUUUCCCAAGCGGAACCGCGUAAAACGGGUCAUGGCUGGACUGAUGAUCAUCAUCAUGAUGAUUGCUGUGGUUGUGAUGUUCCUGAUCUCCAUUAUCCUGUACCGGGCGAUCAUCAGCAUCCUUGUGUCAAGAUCCGGGAACUUCCUCUUUGUGGCAUCGGCGUCUCGUAUUGCCAGCCUCACAGGCUCAGUGGUGAAUCUAAUCUUCAUCCUCAUCCUUUCUAAAAUUUACAUUGCACUGGCCCAUUUCCUUACCAAGUGGGAGAUGCACCGGACUCAGACGAAGUACGAAGAUGCUUUCACCUUCAAAGUGUUUGUCUUCCAGUUUGUCAAUUUCUACUCUUCUCCCAUCUACAUUGCGUUCUUCAAGGGCAGAUUUGUAGGCUAUCCAGGAAACUACAAGACCUUGCUUGGGAUUCGCAACGAAGAUUGCGGGGCUGGCGGCUGUCUCAUUGAACUCGCCCAGGAGCUGCUGGUCAUCAUGGUGGGAAAGCAAGUCAUUAACAAUGUGCAAGAAAUCGUCAUCCCGAAGCUGAAAGGCUGGUGGCAAAAGUACAAGCUUCACUCCCAAAAGAGGAAAAGCAAGGUGGACCAAUUGGGCCUGGUGCAGCAGGCACCCUGGGAGAGCAACUACGAGCUCCUGGUCUGUGAGGGGCUGUUUGACGAGUACCUGGAAAUGGUCCUGCAGUUUGGAUUCAUCACCAUAUUUGUGGCAGCUUGUCCUCUGGCGCCCCUUUUCGCCUUGCUCAACAACUGGGUGGAGAUCCGCCUUGAUGCACAGAAGUUUGUCUGCGAGUACCGUCGUCCUGUGGCCGAGCGGGCCCAGGGCAUUGGCAUCUGGUUUUAUAUCCUGGAGGUCAUCACCCACUUAGCUGUCAUCAGUAACGCUUUCCUGAUUGCCUUCACUUCAGACUUCUUGCCCCGUCUGUAUUAUCAGUACACCCGCGCCAGUGACCUGCAGGGCUAUGUUAACUUCACCCUGGCGUAUGCUCCAAAGCACUUUGCCUCGCAGCACAAUGUCACGUGCAGGUACCGUGCAUACAGGGAUGAGAGCGGCAGGUACUCGCUAACCUAUUGGAACCUACUAGCAAUCCGCCUGGGCUUUAUUAUAGUGUUUGAGCAUGUGGUUUUCUUUAUUGCUCGUGUGAUAGACCUGAUGGUGCCCGACAUUCCUGAGUCACUGCAGAUCAAGGUGAAGCGUGAACGUUAUCUGGCCAAGCAGGCACUGGCUGAGAACAAGGCCCUCUUUGAGAGAAAGGAAGUCAGAGCCACCUCCAGCACUACGCAAACAGCACCUAAAGACUGGGAGCUCGAUGGGGUGCAUGAAAACCAGGAGCCUACCCAACUGCGGAUGAUGACAUCUACACACACAUUAGCUGCUAGUCCUGAAGCUCAUCCUCAGCAGCAGUUUGAUCCUGAAGCAGAAUCCCCAUGAAUUGCUGUUGAAUCUGUUUUAGAACACACAUGGUGACUGCUUCCAUGUGGGUGCGAAUAAAACUGAGUUCAGCCGUGGA